AUGAUGGAAAACAGCACACGUCCAACCUUAAUACUCGAGCAAAGGGGGUCCAGUUCAGGUGUGGAGCACAACUCUCAACACACACUCACCCUAGAUUCGGUAUCGAGCUCUUCUUCUCAUAAUUCACUUUGGAAGCUUGCCAAUGAAAAGCUCUUUCAUGUAUAUUUGGCAUUGAAAACAACAGGAGCAAGAAGAAGCAGAUUGGAUCGUUUCCUCUUCGGAUUUCUAUUCAUCUAUUACUUGUAUUUGAAUAUCAUGAUGCCAACUCUUUCCUCUCAUCCUCAUUAUAGUUAUGACAUGAAACGAAUGAACACUUCUCCAUAUGGAGAUUACGGAGGAUGGGUUUUUCGUGUCUUAAAUUAUGCCAUCACUCUGUCAUUGGACGUUCUAUCGAGCGAAGCAGUCGUUGCAUUGAGUUGUUGCUUGACUGCUAUUGGAGCUUUGUUUUUCAUCACCUUAAUGAUGGAAUUCAAAGCAUUGAAAGGAAAAGGACUUGAUAAGCUCCGACAAUUCAAUACUUACUUUGGGCUACUCAUUGCCUUAAUCACUCCCGUUUCGGUUUUUGUGAUGAGUACCUUUGUAGAUUCCAAUCCCAAUCAUCUCCUCUAUUCGGACAAGUAUGGAGCCAUGCAAUCGACGCUCUCCCGAAUACCUUCCUUGUUUUUCCUCGGGGAAGAUACUCUGGUGUUUUUCAUUCUGUCCUUCUUUUCCAUGCUAUUCAUGAUGUGUUGUUGUUUUGUUGCCGUGCUGUUAUUACCAUUGAAUAAUACGAGUAGUAAGAUUUUCUUUGUUGCGACUGAUAACAUUCCGAUUGCUUUGAAUUUUGUUUCCAUUGCUUUUGAAGUCAUGAUCAAAUUUCUCAUACCGCCCACUUACAUGUAUGUGAGAGGAGUGAUUCAUAUGAUUGGAUCAGUCGCUCAAUUGGCUCUUUUCAUAUACACCUUUCCAUUCUUUCAAAGGUUUGAAAAUUCGAUAUUUAUUGGAGCUCUACUCGCAAGACUUGGCUCUUCCAUCGGAAUGAUUACUAGUGGAUGUGUUUUUAACUUUACUUCUCAAGUCAACCUGGUUAACAGUGAUUUGGAACUUGGUAUGAUGGGCCUUACAUUGGGUCUCUCGAUUACGUUCUUACUAGUGGGCAUUGCAGCAAGUGAAAUUUAUACUUUGAUUUUCGUGUGUCGACCUGUUCGAAGAAAUUUAGGAUCAAAAGAGUUGAACUAUGAGGAUCUUUCUCGAUAUCAUGAUUCUGAUGCUUUGGCACAUAUUGUAGGUCAUGAAAAUGAUUCCAUUCGUGCGUUGAAUCUUUUUCUUCAAUUUUCUGUGAGGAACGAGAAUGAUUACCAUAUUGCAUGUCCCUUUGUGAAAAAUGCUUGUCAUCAUCGGGUGUUUUCAUCUCCGUUACUCUUAUUGACGUCAAGUCAUGUCAUAUCACAUGAAUGGAAUACUGAUGCGAGUAGUGGUGUAUUGGCAUCAGCACUACUGAAACGUGCUCACAAAAAUUGUGGAAAUAUUUGGAAACGGACAAUAAUUGAAGAAUUAUUAAGUGAAAUUGAAAUUGAAACGACAAGCUAUAAGGCACAUGGGCGCAACAGCGUCGAAGUGAAAAACAUGAUUCUUGAUUUGGAACAAAAACAAGAAGAGCUUGUGACCAUUCACCGAAUGUUUUUUAAGGAAUUCAUGAGCGAUUUUGUAAACAUUCCAAAAAUUGAGCAGAUUAACAGUAGAGCAAGUGAACUUGCUAAAUAUUGUGACAAGAUGUUUUAUCAUUUGAUCACGAAUUUUAGACAGAAUAAGACCGUUCUAAGGGUUUAUGCAGGAUACGUAGAAAAUUUCAAAUUUGACAAGGAACAAGCUGCAGCUCUUUAUGAAGAGGCCAGUCAGCUAGAGGAAGAGGAUUCGAAAAGCCGAUACUUUAAAAAAGCAAGAAGUUUCAAUAACAACAAAGUUAUACCCCUUCCAACCAGUCCUGUGGCCUCUAUCCAUGUAAAUCAUAAUCAUAACAUUCCCAACGUUGCUGACAACAAUGUUGAAAAGUUAUCUUUCACAGACAAUGACAAUGUCGACAAGAUGAAUUUUGAUGGAAUCGAAAACGAGGCCAUUGAUAAGAAACAAGUAUUCUUUAGAAAUACCAUCAAUACUCCCUAUCAAUCUACAUUACGGAACUACAGUUUUAUUGUAGUUUCUGCACUUUCUCUAGCUCUGUUGAUGGUAGCUCUCGUUCUAUGCCUGCUUUUCGGUGCGAAAAUUACUGAAAUUCCUCUUGCACUGGACUCUUGCUUACCAGGAGCUACUCCGUCGUCACUCAUUCGUGAACUGAGAAUGCGACAAAUUAUGGUGGAGUUAUUCGAAAAUCAGAAAUGGCCAGUUCCACAAAACGGCACAAGAGAAGCUCUUGCUUUAGAGAAAUAUAGAAACUCAACUCAUCAACGAUUUCAGCAAUUUAAAACAUUCCUACACAAUUUGGUGGCAAAUUCAGUCUCAAACAAGUACAGUGAUAACAUGUAUCAUGACUACACCAACACAGACAAUAUCAUCAACUUACCAAUGGCCACUGAUAAACAAUUAAUGGAAUAUACAGGAAGUUUUAAAAAGAAUGCAUCCAUGAGUGAAAUUACCCAAGAGCUCAUUUACCAUACUAAUUUAUUCUUGACAUGGAACAAUGCCGACUUUAACAAGACAACAACAUCCUUUCCGUUCAUGUAUAUUUAUCUCAAUCGAAGGACAGCAUCUGAUGCUUAUGGCGUUUUUUGUUCGAGAUUCCAAACCAGUAAGCGAUUGAGCAAUCAAUCGGUAGAUGACACCAUGAAGUUUUAUUUAUUUAUUUCGAAUGGAGUUUUUAUAUUAAUUUAUGGAGGAUUACUUGUCUUGGCAAGAGUCGACAUGUAUACGUCAACAAAAAUCAUCAAACUCUAUCAUAGAAUUCCCAAAGAUUUAGUUGGAGUGAUUUAUCAGGAUUUACAAAAAAAGACGACUCAAGAUGCCAAACACAUGAAACAAGGUAUUCGACCAAAGAAUUUGUUAAUACUGUAUGGAGUCGUUGUGGUGCUGCUUGUGAGCUUGAGUUUUGGAAUGAUGUAUUAUGAAAUGUACCUCAACACUUUGACCACCUCAACGACCAUGAUUAAUAUUGAUAUAGCCACAGCUAUCAUGAGAGCUGUGGCAAGAACGUCUGUAAGAACGAGUGAAUUUUUUGCGUUUAAUGGAAUAUCACCAGGAAAAUUCAUUAACAAUCCAGCAGUUGGAUCAGCCAGUCAGCUUGCCACCUUCCGAGCGGAUGUUAAGCAAUACACCACAGACAUUCAAAAUUUCUAUAACUCCCUUGUAUAUGGAGAACAAGAGCUCUUGUGUCACCUUGCAGGUCUCUUGUCCAUGUUCACGGUUGAGUCGGUCAAGUGGGGAGACGAAUUGUGGAACAUUUAUUUUGCUCGUGAUCCUGCAACCUUUUUUAAAUACUUGGAAUUGUUUAAUUUGGCAGAUGACGUUUUCAAUCGAAUGCUAGAAUUUUUAAUAGUACUUGUGACCUAUACACAGGUGAAUUCGAGAGCGUUCACGUCAUGCUUUUUUAUUAUUGGAGUUUUAACACUGAUGUUAUUCAGUUACCUUAUAUUUGGAGCUUUUAGAAAAUACGACCAUCACAUCACUACGUUACGAACAUUUCUAAACUAUCUUCCUAUUGAAUAUAUCGAAAGUCAUGAGAGUUUGAAGAACUUUUUACUCUAUAAUUCUCUAUCACAACAAAAAACCUCGAAAAAGAAAAAUACAGAAGACUCGAUCAAGAAUCUUUUGAACUCUAUGGUCGAAGGAGCUGUGCUGGCUAAUGAAAAGGGAGAAAUUAUCUUGUUUAAUGUAGCUGCUCAAAAAAUGUUUGGAAAGAACAUCACCGAUGCUUUAGGUUUGAAAUUCUUCACUCUUUUCGAUCAAUCUUCCGAGGCCUAUUUGAAAAAGGUCACUGACCAUUGUAAAGCCAAUGUGGACAUUCCUGACGAAAAGCAUGGCGAAGUUAUUGAGCUUGAGUGUAUUCGAAAGAAUCAAACGAAAUUUCCUGGGCUUAUCAAUCUAUCAGUGACAAGAAAUGGAGAGGGAUCUAUUGUCAUUACAUGUUUUGUGAAAGACAUUUCCAUGGAAAAGAAACAAAAUAGUUUACUGGCAGAGGAGAAACAAAAUAGUGACAAAUUAUUGAGAAAUAUUCUACCAGAUGCUGUUGCUAGCAAACUGAAAUCAGGUGAGACCUUUAUUGCAGAAAAGUUCAAUGACAUUACUUGUUUCUUUAGUGAUAUGGUCAACUUCACCAAGAUGAGUUCUGGAAUGAAUCCUUCCGAGUUGGUGCUCAUGUUGAAUGUGAUUGUGAAUGGCUUUGACGACCUUAUUGACAAGUAUCAACUUGAAAAGAUUAAGACCAUUGGAGAUGCCUAUUUUUGUGUAGGAGGACUUCAUAAUAAUUCACAAUCGGACCAUCCAGAGCGAGCACUACGGUUUGCCAUAGAUACCUUGCUUGUGAUUCGAUCAUAUAAUUUGGAAAAUAUGGAGAGACAAGUGAACAUUCGUAUUGGUCUGAAUACAGGUGGAGUCGUUGCAGGAGUUAUUGGAAGAAAGAAAUUUGCAUAUGAUUUGUGGGGUGAUACCAUUAAUACUGCCUCUCGUAUGGAGUCAACGUCUCUUGCUGGCAGAAUUCAAAUUUCAAGAUCGACGUAUGAGCGUGUGUAUGACCUUGGAUUGGAAUUUGAGGAACGAACAAUGGAGUUGAAAGGAAAGGGUCUCACCAAUACGUACUUGUUGAAAGAGAAACAUCAUGUUCAAACAAUUGUUCAACCUUUAGAGGCUCAAACUGUAUCGACUGAGCAGCAAUAG